AUGGAGCUGAGUAUCGACCGCAGCAAUGCCUCGCGCCUCCAACAACUAAUUGCUGCACGUGCCACACAGGCCAUCCUUAAGACCCGGGAUGGGCUGCUGCGCGCGGCCGUGCCCAGUCCCCUGGGCAGCUGCAAGUUCCUCAGCGACAUCACCAAUGAGGAAAUGUUUGCGGCACUGCGCCGCCACAAGGAGCUCAUGAAGGAGUACCCGCGUGCGGGCGCGGGUAUUGAGGCCUACGUUGAUGCCAGCGACACUGGAUACACGAUUAAGGACCCGCAGACGCAUGCGCAGAAGAUGGUUAUGGGUGUUGAUGGGGAGGAGAAGAGGAAGAGUGUCUUUAGCGAUGGGGUCUUGAAUGGGCUCAGGGAGAUUGCCGUCAAUGGCUAUCCGAAUGGCCUGCGCAAUUAG